UAGCGUGAGGUGUUUUCAUAUCAUCGUCAUCCUACACCAAAAGUCCAAAACCAUUCACAUUGGUUGUUGCAUAACGAAAAUCCCUUUGCUGACGUUUUUUUUGGUUUAGACACUUAGACCCAGAAAAAUUAAAAAAUUAACAAAAGUUUCAUCUAGAUUCCCGUUUUUGGUCGAACCCAGAAAAAAAAAAAAGGAAGAAAAAUAAAAUCAGGGUAUCACGGUCAAUUGGGGUUACAGAUUUGACAAGGUUGGUUGAGUAAAUUCAGCGUUUUUAGACCUUCAUUGAUGCUUCAGUAGCUUUCAAGUCAUUCUUUAUCAAGGUUUAUGUUUAUUUGAAGUAAAAUCAUGGAGAAUAUACAAGAUCAUAGUAAUAGUGAGUUAGAUGGAGAAGAAAGAAGAGAUGUGGGUAGUACUUCAACGUCUUGUAGCUCAGUUUACCGGUUAUUUGGGAGACAGAAACCGAUGCAUCAGAUAAUGGGAGGUGGCCAAGCUGCUGAUGUGAUCUUGUGGAAGAGUUGGCACUUGUCAUGUGGGGUCAUUGUUGUUGCUACUGUCGGAUGGCUAUUGUUUGAGCAGUCUGGGUUACCAUUCCUAUCAGUUUGCUCAGAUGUUCUGCUGAUAUUGAUAGUUUUGCUGUUCCUUCGUGCCAAUUUUGCUGUCAUGACAAAUAGACAGUUGGAAGAACUGCCUGAACUAGAGUUGUCAGAAGAUUUGGUUAUCUCUGCUGCUGCAUCAUUUCGUGUCAAAGUUAACUAUUUUCUGUUGAUGGCACAUGAUAUCACUGUUGGCAAGGACUUCAGACUUUUCUUUACGGUGGUGGCCGCCUUAUGGCUCUUUUCUGUUGUUGGUAGCUUAUUUUCUUUCUUCACCCUUGCUUAUACAGGUUUCUUGACUAUGUGGUGGCUGAAGAUAGCUUAAGGAGCAGUUUGUAAAAAAGUUGGCUUUUAGGCUGCUAUGGUAUAUGUAGCAAGGGAGCAAUUAUAUUCGUCCUGUUCUUUUUGGUGGAGGAAGGGGAAGAUUUAUAUCUAGGUUAACAGACUUGGGAUCCAGCUGCUGGUGGGGUAUGGCGAGGUCAUGAUCAUUGCAGUCUUACCAACUAACAUUCUGUAGGUAGAAAUUCCUUGAGAUGACAUUCCGAAAACUGUCAAGGCUGACAACAUAUAAUAUAAUGUGAGAAAAUUAUUUGUUUGAGAGAUUGAGGCUUACUGAGGCAUCAUGAUUCAUGAUAACUUCUGAUGCUGUAAGGCUAUGAUUGAUUUCAUGUUUGAGAUUGCUAUUUCCCGUACUUUGGAAAGAAUAAUCUUGGUUUCAGCUUGCUCAUAGCUGAAUAAACACACGUUAUAGCAGCAAUCUUGCUCUGGAAAAUAAUUUGGUUUCUGGGUUACAUAAAUUCCAGCUAUCUUGUACUUGAAAGCGAUUGUUUUUUAUCUUCAAGAAGUUGAAAGAUCAUAAUUGUGAUUUUCAAAAACACCUCGCACUUUGAUCUGGACAACACUU